AUGCCCCGCAAAUUGCUGUUGAAAGAUGUUAACAUCUCACCGCUGAAACUGAUUCAACAGUCGCAUGCCACAAAGUUGGAGUUUUCUAUAUUUCAGGAUUCCCCGAAACGGCCUAUCGAGAAAUGUACUCAGCAAUAUGGAUUGCCUCCUUGUUUUUCUUCUUCUUCCUCAUCGUCAUCGUCAUCUUUACCGCUAGCGCCACUUUUAUCGAAGAGCAAGCGUUUAUUCGCUGACAUUGAUGACACUUUUCAGGCAGAUGAGAAUGUCGAGUUCGAUGAUAAAGAGAAUGAUGUAUCCAAGGAAAACUUGGAACCAUGCUCAAGCGCCGACAUUUUGAACAAUGAUAAUCUUUUAAACAAUAGCAUCAUCAAGAGCCAAAUGGAAGACUGUGAAGCGCCUCAAACCGAAGAUACCAACGUUUGUAAAAAACGUAAACCCUUAGCUUCAAAAAGCAUUAUAUUAUACCCAGGCUUUUUAGAGAUUUAUGAUCAACCUCAAGAGCCAAGCCAAUUACCAACCAACAGAAUCGUUAACAAAAAUACCCAAAAGGAAGAAAUGAAGCACAGAAUCCUUCACUUGCCUAGAAAAUCUUCACCUCUUAAACCUCUGCUGUUGAUGGAUUUCGAGAACAUGACUACCCCAUUACGUCUGGAUUAUCAUAAAGAGCUGUCGAGGUCCCCAAUGCUGAGUAGCUUGAGAGACUCGGCUAGACGGAAAAGUCCAUCGAUUUUCUCUUCCCCAUUAAAUUCACCUCUUAAGUCUAAACUUACAAACAAACUACUUAGCUUGGCAGCAAUCUCAAGUGACGAAGAUUCACGAGGUGGUAAAAAUAACCAUAGCAACAGCAGUUUAGAAUCAGUUAAUUCAAAACUGAGUAAUGGCAUUAACAGAAGCAAGCUAUCGAAUAAAAGUGAUAGUAUCUUGAGUAUACCUAAUUUGUCAUCCUUCAGUUCCGACUCAUUACAGAGACAAAAGAUUUUCAAGGAUCCAAUUCAUUUCUCACCAAAAAAGAAGUCAAGGAUCAGUGGGGCUAGUGUGUCAAGAAGAUCUUCGCCAGUUUCAGUAUACUCGGAAUACUCUGAAUCCGCUCUCAACUCUCCAUCAGGAUCUAGUAACAAUUACGUUCACAAUGGUGAAGAUUUCAGAAAGAUUAGAAGAUUGAAUACCCUUUGGAAAACCAAUGAAUCUCUAAAUUAUGAUACCCAACUCAGCCAAGAAUCAAAGAAAGCUGUCAAUGGUCUUUUGGAUGAGAAAUUACCAGCAUAUUUCACCCCACCGAGAUCAGUUAAUAAAGCAACUUUGAAAAGUAUUGUUCAAAAUAACCAUAUUCUGCAACAGCGGCCACAACCAAGAAUUCUGAAAAGCAAAUCUUUGAAUGAUUUCGAUACCAUAACGAAAAAUAAAGAAACUCUAUCAGAUUUGUCUAAUGCUCUCUCCAAACCACCCCAGCAAUCUGUUAACACUAACCCUGAUGACAUUAACUUUGGAAGGGGUAUUAAUGAUGGUUAUGAUGAGAAUCAGCAGAAUAAAGUCAAAAUUGAUAAAGACAGGCUAAAAUUUACUAUUUUUUCUGACUAG